CGAGACAGGAUUCCAAAAUGGCGGCGCGCAAGGGCCGGCGGCGCACGUGUGAAACCGGGGAGCCCAUGGAAGCCGAGUCCGGUGACACAGGUUCCGAGGGUCCAGCCCAGGUCUACCUGCCGGGCCGGGGGCCGCCGCUACGCGAAGGGGAGGAGCUGGUUAUGGACGAGGAGGCCUAUGUGCUGUACCACCGUGCGCAGACUGGUGCCCCCUGCCUCAGCUUUGACAUAGUCCGAGAUCACCUAGGAGACAAUCGGACAGAAUUCCCCCUUACCCUUUACCUGUGUGCGGGGACCCAGGCAGAGAGUGCCCAGAGCAACAGGCUGAUGUUGCUUCGGAUGCACAAUCUGCACGGGACCAAGGCCCCUCCCUCGGAGGGCAGUGAUGAAGAGGAGGAGGAGGAGGAGGAUGAAGAGGAGGAGGAAGAGCGAAAACCUCAGCUGGAGCUAGCCAUGGUGCCUCACUACGGUGGCAUUAACCGGGUUCGAGUUUCGUGGCUGGGCGAGGAACCUGUAGUUGGAGUGUGGUCAGAGAAGGGCCAGGUGGAGGUGUUUGCGUUGAGGCGACUUCUGCAGGUGGUAGAUGACCCUCAAGCCCUGGCAGUCUUUCUCCGGGAUGAGCAGGCCCGGGUGAAGCCCAUCUUCUCCUUUGCUGGCCACAUGGGCGAGGGCUUUGCUCUUGACUGGUCCCCCCGGGUACAAGGUCGCUUGCUGACCGGGGACUGUCAGAAGAAUAUCCACCUCUGGACACCUACAGACGGUGGCUCCUGGCACGUGGACCAGCGACCAUUUGUGGGCCACACACGCUCUGUUGAAGACCUGCAGUGGUCACCAACUGAAGACACGGUAUUUGCUUCCUGCUCAGCUGAUGCUUCCAUUCGCAUCUGGGAUAUCCGGGCAGCCCCUGGCAAAGCCUGUAUGCUUACCACAGCCUCUGCCCAUGAUGGAGAUGUCAACGUCAUCAGCUGGAGCCGCAGGGAGCCUUUCCUGCUCAGUGGGGGUGAUGACGGGGCCCUCAAAGUCUGGGACCUGCGGCAGUUCAAGUCGGGCACCCCAGUGGCCACCUUCAAGCAGCACGUGGCCCCCAUUACCUCUGUGGAGUGGCACCCCCAGGACAGUGGGGUCUUCGCUGCCUCGGGUGCAGACAACCAGAUCACGCAGUGGGACCUGGCCGUGGAGCGGGAUCCCGAGGCGGGGGACAUGGAGGCCGACCCCGGGCUGGCAGCACUGCCGCAGCAGCUACUGUUCGUGCACCAGGGGGAGACAGACCUGAAGGAGCUGCACUGGCACCCGCAGUGCCCAGGGGUCCUGCUCAGCACUGCCCUAUCCGGCUUUACCAUCUUCCGUACCAUCAGCGUCUGAGGCUGCCACCUAGAGUGCACUGGCUUCCCUAGCCAAGCUGUAGGGCGUGCGGCCCCAGCAGCCAGCUCCCCGGGAAGGGCUUGUGCUGCCCACCUCAGUGAGGGGCUCUGGUGGGUUUGUGUUUCCUGAAGGACAAAGACCCCACCUGUCACCAGACUUGGAUGGCCAGGUGUGGCCUGAGGCACACUUCUGACUUUGCCCUCUGUCCAGGACCCAGUGUCGAUGGCCAGUCUCCCCAGAGACUUAAGGGGUUUUGCCACAGCUGCCCCAAGAUUGGGGUGUAGGUUCUUCGUCUGGCCUGUUGGGUAUGGGCCCAGGGCCCCUAGGAGUCAAUAAAAACCCAGCGUGAGGCCCCAUGGGCAGAUGACAA